AUGUUAAUUAUAUUUGUUUUAGUUUUAUUAUUAAAUAAUUUAAAUUUUAGUUUAUCAGCAUGUCCAAAUAGUUGCGGUAAUCCACCAUAUACCUUAUGUAAAAAUAAUGGUACUGUUAUAGAUGGUUUUGGAAAUAAAAUUGAUAUUGAUAAUAUCAAUAAUAGAGUUGUGUUUACUAUUAAAUAUAGUGAUGAAUUUGAACCCAGAAUCGUAUCAAUCCCUAUUGAUGGAGUCCAAAAUAAUAUAAAAUCACAAGGAACAUUAUUUGGCCAAUCCACAUAUCAAUUAAUAAGGGGAAUGUUUCAAUUUUUACCAAAAUCACAAAAUAUGGUUGUUAAUAGAGAAGUUAGAAUAGCUGGUUCUACAUCAAAUAUUUUUUACAAAAACAAUACCUUUGGAAAUGAAUUAACAUGGAACAAACCAGGUAAUUUUAUUUUUGAUGAAGACAAUAAUAUUCAAUAUACUUGUUGGCCAUAUCAAAGUGCAAUUUAUAGAGGUUCUAUUGGGUUAUAUAAUAAUUUAGGUGAUCAAAUAUAUAUAGGUUCAUGUGGUGAAAUUAAAAACAAUGGUAAUACUUUAUAUAUUUUUGAUGGAUCAAAUACUUUUUAUGUUGGUAAGCUAAAUGAACCAAAAGGUUUAAAUCCAAUUAAAAACUUACCAGUACUAUACAAUGAUAGCAAAAUAAACAGUAUUAAAGAAUUUGAUGUCUCAACAACAGAUUUAUUUUACUCAAAUACUAUUGAUAAUAAAUUAUAUAGUGUAUCUCUUUCAAACCCAUUUGGCCCAAAGAAAACAAUACUUUCAAUUGAACCAAGUUCUUUCAAAUAUUACAACGGUUAUAUAUACUAUUCAUAUAAUUCUAAAAUAUAUAGAGUUUCAAUAAAUGGUGGUACUUCACAAAUACUCUAUGAAGGUUCAACAUCAAAUAACUAUUGUAUUUGUGCCCAAGGGUUCUCAGGUGAUUCAUGUAAUCAGUGUGAUUCAACAAAUAACCUUGUUAGUUGGAUUGCAAACGGUGUUCCAAGAUGUAUUCCACUUAAUCCAGAAACAGGAAAUCCUCUUACAUGUGACUAUGACUACCAAUGUAAAUCUGGUAAAUGCCAAACUAUACCAAUAAGUGAUGGAAAUCGUGGUUGCUAA